AUGGCUUCCUCUAGUUUGAGCAACGCUUCUCUUGCGCAGAUUGAGGCCCUCUUGGUGCCGAACGCGCAGAGCUCGGGCCAGAGCUCCGAGUUCAUCCCACAGCUCUACUACGCCCUACAUCAGGUCAAAAAGGAUCCAAACAGCAGCGUGAACUCCUUAGAAACAGCGACCUCCAGCAUUCGCCAUAGGCUCAAGCAGUGCAAAUCUCACAUCGCCGAGAGUGAAGAGUGCCGAGCGCUAUUGAGCAAAACGCCCGAGGAGUGGGAAGCCGCACUGCGGCAACGCCAGAAGGACCUCGCGGUGAAACAGCAAGUCUUUGCGCGGCUUGAACGGCAGAUCCGGGACCUAGGUGACCACUAG